AUGGCGCGCCCCAUGAGGCUCAUGGAGAACGCGCGGGAGCGUGCCAAGGCGCACGCCAAUAGGGCCAAUGCGCUCAAGAAGCAGGCGGAGAAGCUCGCCACGCUCUGCGCGGUCCCAGUCGCGCUCGUCUGCACCGGCGCCGGGGCUCCGCCGCUCGUGUGGGAGUCGGAGGAGGGCGUGCUCGAGAGGUACCGCCGCGCCGUCCCGCCGGAGGCCCGCGCGGGGCACACGCACCGGGACUACCUCGAGGCGGAGCUGGGCAAGCGGAGGGCCAAGCUCGCCAGGGCGCGCCACGGCUGCCCCGCCGCGCUCCCGGACUGGGACGAGGCGCUCAACGACAUGACGCUGGACGACGCGCGGGCGCUGCUCCGGGCCAUCGACGCGGCGCUGCGGGCCACGGGAGACAGGAUGGAGGCGCUGGGCGUGCCUGCUGACCACGGCCACGGCCACGGCCCACUCGGUGAGCAGGUCGCGCCGGACUCUUCCGACGUCGCCGUCAUGCCGCAGCACUUCUGGCACGACGGCGGCGUGUCCUGGACCGUGGGCGACCCCGUGGACAUGGCCGACGCCGAGGGCUUGCAGCAGCUGCAGAUGGUGCCGUACCACGGCGGGAACAACGACGGCCUACUCGAGCAAUUCCCACGGGACCAUGGCUUCCAGAUGCAACCAGGAUGCAACGGCUUCCAAUGCGCCGGCGGCAACUUCUCGGGCGACGGCGACGACGGGAUGCUCGCGCUGGGCCUCGCCAAUGCUGGCUACAACUACUCGCGCGGCAGCGACAAGAUGCUCGCGCCAGGCCUCGGCAACGCUGACUACAACUACUUGGGCGGCGGCGACGGGAUGCUCUCGCUUGGCCUCGGCAAUGCUGGCUACAACCACUCGGGCUGCGGCGAUGGGAUGCUCGCGCCGGGCUUCGCCAAUGCUGGCUACAACUACUCAGUCGGCGGCGGCGACAAGAUGCUCGCGCCGGGCUUCGGCAACGCUGGUUACAACUGGCCUGAUCUUACCAUGUGGCACACCGACGAGGUGUGCUUCGCCGACGGCACUCUGGCGCCUGAGCACUACUCCGGCAAGGUCGCCGCCGGCGGCGACUACGUGAGCACACUACCAUCUGGGUACGGGUACCCCAUGGCCAUGGGCAUGGACGUCGGCGACAACUUCACCAGUCUGGAGAGCAACUACACGGCGGCGCAUUGGCAAGCCGAGGCGCUCCAUCGCUCCAACGCCAACGCCAGCGCCAGCACCAUCACCAGCACCGGCGAGCUCCUGUCAGCUGCAUCAUCGCCUCGUUAUCUCUACUAG